AAAGACCACCUCACCAUCUAAGAGUGCUCAAAAAGAGAACAGGGAUUUUGUACUCGUUCAAAUUAAGUUCAAGAAAUGGAUUCUUCAUUCUUUCAAUGCCAAAACUACUCCCAUUUCUCCCCUGAUCAAUCAUCUUCAUCCUUCAGCUCCCUUGAGUCUUUCUACGCCCAGUCCCUUCCCUUCAACGAAAAUGACUCCGAGGAAAUGCUUCUCUUAGGAGUCCUUAAUGAAGCCCCCAUGAACUCUUUUGAUACCAUUUCUCCCACCAACUCUACCCACUACGAGGAGGUAAGCUCCAGAGGUGAUUAUUAUCAAGAGGAACCUACUCAGGAAAUUGCUUAUAGAGGGGUUAGAAGGCGUCCUUGGGGAAAAUAUGCGGCGGAGAUUAGGGAUUCAACAAGAAAUGGAGUAAGAGUAUGGUUAGGAACAUUUGAUACAGCUGAAGCUGCAGCCUUAGCUUAUGAUCAAGCUGUGUUACCGUUAUAAACUUGCUGAAUAAAUUUAAAUGUUGCUGUCAUUGUUUUUUGAUUGAGUUUAUUUGUUAUUUCUUCUGCUAGUAUGUAGGAGUAGUGGACAAUAAAAGUGGAGCUGAAACAGUCCAUGUAGAAACUAUUUUUUAGCAUAAUAAUUGCUGAUUUUUCUGUAACAAACUCCCUCUACAGACUAUAAAGAGGGGAGUAAUUUAGAGGU